GCAAUACAUAUAGUGUUCAUUUGAGAUGAAUGAAUAAUUUGGUCAUUCUCUCCACUAUUCACUAAUAUAAUCUCCCUACAUCUCUCUCUCUUCCUGUUAAGGACUUUCUUCCUUAUCUACUAACUUCGCCCCAAAACAGUACCCCAUGCACACAAAUGAUGAUACUCCUCCUUGCGGCAACUGGCCGCCGCCGUCUCCUGAGCACGAAGGCGGCCACCGCCACGUUGCGUUGCCGGCAACCGUGCUCGCAGCAGCGGGGCCGGAAUUGCUCUCCGCUGUCCCACCGCAGCCGCUCCCCGCCUGCCGUGACCGGCUGAGGUGGGAGAUCGGUGCGGGUUGUAGCAGCGGCGGCGAAUGCAACAACAGUUACGGCGGCGGCUCUCCUACCGCCGGUUCAUCCCCCGCUAGCGGCCGCUACGGGGUAACCGGUUUCCAGGAGGGUGGCGGGAGAUGCCAGAAGAGGCCGGAUGCAUACCCCCCGCCGGCCGGGUUUCUUGAACCGGAUUGUGGUCCGGCUGGCCAGCUUUUCAGCUCAGGUGAUUUACAGGGAAUAAACAAGUUAAUGGCGCAACGGAAUUAUUACUGCCGUAAUAAUAACGGCGUCAGGAGGAGAGUGGGAGUGGGGUGGUGGUGGUCAGAGAGUAGUACUCCACUAGCCACUGAAAGCAACACCAUUAUUGAAGGGAUGAGCAAAGAGGCUUGCCGCCGUUACACUCCGGCGGAGAAGCGCCAGAGGAUCGACAGGUAUCGCUUCAAGAGGAACCUCAGAAACUUCAACAAGAAGAUCAAGUACGAGUGCAGGAAAACCUUAGCGGAUAAUAGGCCACGCAUAAGGGGAAGGAAAACACAUGAGAAUGCUCCUUGUGGAGAGAAAUGAGAAUGAAAUCUAGCCGUUGUA